AUGAAUGAUAAAAAUACAAAUGCAAAUACAAUAUUCGAUAAUGAUCCGCAGGAGCUGUUAAAUAUAUCAGAGAAGCCUCGAUUAGGUCACUAUGCAAUUUUGAAGACACUGGGUGAAGGAAGUUUUGGAAAAGUAAAACUUGCAGUUCACUCUAUUACUGGACAUAAAGUAGCUCUUAAAAUAAUCUCACGAAAAUCAUUAUUGAAUUUAGACAUGUCAUCAAGAGUAGAUCGCGAGAUAUCUUAUUUAAAGCUUUUAAGACAUCCUCAUAUUAUUAAACUUUAUGAAGUAAUUGCAACUCCUACAGACAUAAUUAUGGUUAUCGAGUAUGCUGGUGGGGAAUUAUUUGAUUAUAUUGUUUCUCGAGGUAAAAUGAGUGAGGAUGAAGCUCGUCGCUUUUUUCAGCAGAUUAUAACUGCAGUUGAAUAUUGUCAUCGUCAUAAAAUUGUACACAGAGAUCUUAAACCAGAAAACCUUUUAUUGGAUGAUUUUCUUAAUGUUAAAAUUGCUGAUUUCGGUUUAUCAAAUCUUAUGACUGAUGGAAAUUUUCUAAAAACAUCAUGUGGGUCACCAAACUAUGCAGCACCUGAAGUUAUAUCUGGGAAAUUAUACGCCGGCCCAGAGGUAGAUGUUUGGUCUUGUGGAGUUAUUCUUUAUGUUAUGCUUGUAGGUCGGCUCCCAUUUGAUGAUGAAUUUAUACCUACACUCUUUAAAAAAAUAAAUGGAGGAAUUUAUACUAUUCCUUCAUUUUUAAGUUCUGAUGCUAAAGAAUUACUUAGUCAAAUGCUUGUAGUAGAUCCCAUUCAACGAAUUACAUUACAAGAGAUUCGAGAAAGUAAAUGGUUUAAUCUUAACUUACCUGAUUAUCUUCAUCCGCUUGAUAAAUAUGAAGAAAAGAAUGAAGUUGAUGAUAAAAUUGUUGGGAAACUUGGACAAGCUAUGGGCUAUAAUAAGGAUCAUGUAUAUGAAGCACUUGCUAGGUCGGAUUGUAAUGAAAUAAAAGAUGCAUAUCGAUUAGUUGCAGAGAAUCAGAUGAGAUAUAAGGAUUUUCGAAUUAUUAUGGCAAAAAAUAUACAAUCAUUUUUGGCUCAAUCUCCACCUAGCUGGGAUACUGAACAAAUUAAAUUUCCUCGAAAUAUUUCAUCAUCUUCAUUAGGUCAUCCUUCUCCUACUAAUAUAAAUACUUAUUCCAUAAGCAAAGGAGUAUAUAGUACAUUGUUACCUUCAGUUGGUGGAUCGUAUACACGAAUAGAAGAUCAAACACCUUUUCACAUUAGUAUCUUGCCAUCUAGUCUUCAUAAUUAUCAUAUAAUGUAUAUGAAUAAGAGAAUUUCCUUGGAUUCAUUGAAUAGAAAUAUUAAGGACAAGAAAUUACAAAGUAAUAUUUCUAAAUCAGUUUUAGUACCAAUGUCUAUAAAUACUGAAAAGAAAAAGCGAGCAAUUCGUUGGCAUUUCGGAAUACGUAGUAGAAGUUCACCAUUAGAAAUAAUGAUAGAAAUAUAUCGAGCACUAAAAGAUCUUGGAGCAGAGUGGGUCGACAUUGAAUCUCAAAAUAUAAAUCUGCAUGAAAAGAUAAAUAAAUUUAAAGAAAAGAAUUUAUCAGAAAACAAUGAUGCUAAUGAAGCUAUAUUGGAUUCAAAUAAAGCCAAAGAUCCUUAUGUUAUAAAAUGCCGUUUAACAAAAUCGUCUGAUAACGAAAAAAAAAUUAUAGUAACUAUCGUUAUUCAAUUAUAUCAUUUAGAAUCUAAUAAUUUUUUGGUGGAUUUUAAAUGUGGAGGUUAUGAGAAUGUAUAUUCAAUUAUUUCUGAAUUACCAUCAAACAAUAUAAAUAGCGAAACCGAAAAAAUAAUUUGUGGAAUGUCUAAAUUAAUAAAAAAUGAUAUAAUGAAAACUAGUUCUCAAGAUUUAAAUACAUCACAAUAUUCGUUGGAUUCUUCUGGGAAAAAUCUUUCUGAAAAGCAGGUUACCAGCCCUUUUCCGUUUUUAGAUAUGGCAAGUCAGUUAAUAUUACACUUAAUGUGA